GCCUGAUGUUUUUCAGCCCCAGAGAUACGGGGUCUUUUUUGACCUUUUCCCUUCCUACACGAUCUCGACCAGGCAUUCCAUCCCCGUCUUGUCCCGAGUCCUGCUACAUGCCGGAUCGACUCUCGUUUUCCAACAAAUCUCAUGUUUUUUUUUUUUUACUUUCUUGAUCUUCCUCCUCUUCUCCCUGUGUGACUAGAGUCCCAAAACGUUCAUAACGGUGGUCACGGCUACGAUCGGCGAGGGAAACCCACCAGCCCCAGAUUCGAGUAAUCAUCAGGAAAAAAAAGAAAGGUCCAAGAGUGGCAUGGCCAACACAAGAAACAGCACGUAGACAAGACCGAAUACCUACCGAUUCCGAUUUCCAGCCUCUUCAGCUUGUCAUCAGCUCCGUAAUCCAUUCUCGGCCCUGUUCUAUCCACACUAUACCCGAAGCAAACGACUGAAGGAUCUCUCUUCACCGUUUACAUACCAGCCCACCACCCAUCAGCAAAUUUCCACCUCGACCUCAGAUCGGAAUUGGAAUACAUGUAUGGCACAAGACAGAAACUGAUAUGAGCGGGGAUCAGCUGGCUUGCAGCAGCUUUGGUGACCAAACCGCUCAGCCGUCUACACCUACCCGAACCCCGAACUCCAACACCUCGUCGAGCCCCCUCUUACACACGCCCAAGGACGACAGGAACUACGCUGAAGAUACGGCGGGCUGGACUCCUGGGUUUGCCAAGGAGUAUUCCGUCUUCAUAAACACACCAGGAUACUCUAGAGAAGCAGAAGGUCUGUCCGAAGAGCUUGGCUCAAAGAAACCGGCCUUCAUUUUGUCUGGCCAGAAGGCGUCACUGUCAACGGACCGGCUUCCUGCGGGGCUGACUGCUGCUUCUGCGAACCCCUCCUCUUCUCCAGAUUCGGCACAGCUAUUACCUUCGGUGGAGUCUUUGGUUGGUUUAAGCCUGCCCCGAGAGCCGUUGGUCCUAUCGAGCGUCAACAGUUUGGCGUUAUCGAACCAGCUGCCUCACCCUACACAAACCAGAUCGGUUCAGAAGAUAUCACCCGAUACCGCUGAUCCACACCCAACCCAGAUUAUAACACCUCCACCUUCACGUCACAAAGGCCAGCGCAAGCUUGCCGGUCGGCUUGACGCCAGCGUUAUGCACAAUGAUCAGGACUUUGUCCAGCAAGAAUACCUGGAGACAUCCCAUCAACCAGACAUGGGCAGCUAUAUGACGAACCAAGGCGAUAUGUUUAACUUCCAGCUUUCCGGAACCACGACAGGCGAUCUUGCAAACCCGCAACCCUUCUGGGAGACGGAUCCCAGCUUGGAGGUGAUGGAUAUCGAUUUCAAUGGAGCAAGCAGCAGCCUGUUUCGACAGGAGCCGCACCCACCGUCCAGACCUAUGAACUCACUGAACUGGGAAACUUCAACCCCCAACCACUUUAUUCCGGAGAAUGUACUGGUCAAUGGAGGUCGGGUUGUGUCAAGUGGUGGAAAUGAACAUGUCAUGGUGUCUCAAGCGCCCAUGCAGGCCCUGAUGACCUCGUCAGCGGAUCAAAUCAUGUAUACUGGUACAUAUGCUACUGCUAUCGAUAACUCCUUUGGGAUAAUCAACACCGGCGUCGACCCGGGCCUCCUCUUCAGUCGGCCGUCGUCUGCUACUAUGGAUGCCUCCUUUGACGCCGUGGCACAAGGGUCGUCGUCGCGAGGUCCAUCCCGUCAGAUAUCUCAGGGCGCCCAGUCGGGAAACCAAGGUGCGUCAGUUGCAAAGGUGCCAUUACGCGGUGAGCUACGUCGCUCAGCCAGUGAAAGGGAAAUGGAGCCCCGAAAGAAGGACAAAGUACGAGCAACCUCUCCUGUCAAGCCCAUCGGCCGUCCCGGGCUUGGGAGGAGUCUCAGUGAGAAUAGAGGCAAGAGACCAGGUAGUCGAGCCAUCUUGCCAGCGCUAGCACCGGCUCCACGUUCACAGUCUCAAUUAUCCAACAGUUCUGGCUUGGGCAUUAGUCGCCCUAUUCUCUCACAGCCCGGUAGGUCAAGUGGCAGAUUAUCGCCGUUAAAGAGCAGCCAUCAACGACUGCCCAGCCUUACAUCCAUUCCAGAAACGGCGGGCCCGCGGACCAGGACCCAGGCGAAGUUCACCAUCGACGAGAACGGUCGGGCCCGUGUAGAGACGACGCUGGUCGUUGAACGCGACAACCCUAUGGCCGUCCGUAAGCGGACUAGUUCGCAAUCAGUAGGUGGUUGUCGCCGCUGGUGUUCGGAAGACGACGAGGAGUCGUCAGCAGACGAUGAGCCGAUUAUCAUCCCCAGCAGAAACACUUCGUUUUCUAUACCGGACCCCCGCAAAUCGAGGACCGCUGUUAAUUCUUCCAGCCACUCACAGCCAAACUUCAGUUUCAGUGCGCAAAGUACAAUAUCGUUGGGUUCUUUCCGAUCUGACGGCGGGUUGCACGAUCUGGGCGACGAAAGCGAUGAAGAAAUUCUCUUCAGCGAGAUGACCCCGACCAGCAAGAUGUCAGGCGAUGCCGUCAAUGAGCUCCUCAAGCUGCGAGAAGAUCGGAUGAGGCAAAAGCCUUCGCCCUCAACAAUGAGACGACUGACGUCCAGCAGCCACAGCAAUAGCACCGGAACGAGUGUGAGCAUGAACUUUGCCAGCCGCUUCACAGCAUCGCCCACGGCACUGACUGAGGCGAGUUUACCUACGCCCUCGUCGUCCGAUGCAACUGCUAGCGUCACCAAGAUGCGUGCCGUGCGUUGUAUUUGCAAAAGGCCUGAUCUCGACCCAGGAAAUGCCUUUAUGGUUCAGUGCGAAUCGUGCGAGAUGUGGCUACACGGUAGAUGCGUGAAGAUUACUUCGCAACGGGCAAUGCCGUCCAUCUAUAUAUGCGCAUACUGUGCGAACUUGAAGACGACGACACCCCCCAUACAAGGCAGUGGCGGCGGCAAUGGAGUUUAUAGCAGCUCAUCACGGACUGUGAGACAAUCCGCAGUCGUUGGGAAGGGGACACCAGGAGUAGGGACGACGAUAAGACCUACUUCAGGGUCGUCAUUGGGGUCACCGCUGGCACAUAAGUCGUCAUUCAAGUCAUUUCGAUGAAGAAGCUGUCUGGAACAUAUGGACUGCGAAAGGGAAACGGCAUGACGUGCAUGAAAAGCAGUACAUCAAGUGAAAAUUAUAGUGGAAAAGAUGGAAAUAGGAAAGGAGCGAAAAGGUUUACUUUUUGAUUAUCGAGGGCAGGUAACGCGACAGACAGCUAGCCAUUCCGGAGAAGACCGAGCACGGAGCAGAAAUGCACAAUGAUACCCGAAUCACCUGGAGCGGAUGGUGCUUAUUUGUUGAUGGCCAUGUAUGCCAAACAUUGAUGUCGAUGUAAUGCUGCGGGCAAGCAGGUGUCGUACUGGCGGUUUAUUUAUUUUUGUUGACCUAGUUAGUGUACACUAAAAAGGGGUGACCGAUGUGAAAG